GGACAGCGCCGCCAAUUAAGCCCGCUAGAGAGCCUCCGCCAGCCCGGGCUUCCAUCGGAUCAACUCCCGCUCUGGAUAUGCGCUCGUCCACAGAGCGCCCCGCUGCCGGCCGCGAUGACAACCGCCAGUGACUUCCCCCGAGCAUGAAGGCUGCGCACACCACCCAGCGAGGCGGAGAAACUUCUGCAAGACUGAACCCUCCAGCGAACCUUCCCCGGUUGUCACUGUACUGAGACGUGACUUGCAGUGCGCGCCAUGGGGAUAAGACACAUUCUGCUGCUGCUCGUCUAUCUGGACCCGAUGAGCGUGUUGAGCGCGGCUGCGGGUGGUAAAAAAGCCAAGCAGACGCACAGGAAGAUUCCCAAAGCCACAGCGGCACCCACGGCGGCCCCGCAGCCCAAGACCCCGCUGCCUGUGCCGGUCAGCAACCACGACACCUGCCUGGGUUACUACGACGUGAGCGGCCAGUACGACAAAAUGUUCGAGUGCAACAACACGGACCAUCGCUACUGCUGCGGGACUUGCUACCUGCGCUUCUGCUGCGAGUACAAAAAGGACAGACUGGACCAGAAAGCCUGUAAGAACUACCAGACGCCCAUCUGGGUGCUGACGGCCGCUCCGUCCCAGGCUCCCACGGAGGAGACGUACGUGGACCAAACCAACACCGCCGUCUACAUCACCUGUGGGAUCAUCGCCUUCAUCAUCGUCAUGGGAGUGUUGGCCAAAGUUGCCUAUGACAAAGCCACAGAACCUCCACAAGAAAUGAACAUACACAGGGCGCUUGCAGACAUCCUGAGGCAGCAGGGGCCCAUACCCAUUUCUCAAUAUGACUGUGAGAACUUUGCAGCGAUUAAUGGUUCUUCCAAAGACAACACACCGAUCAGAACCUCAUCCAAGAACCAUUACACUCCCGUUCACACCUCCAAAUCCAAUCACGGUCACUAUGGAAAGGAGAGUGUUCGGAGCAGUGGUGGUGCGGACCUUCAUAACUUCAUCUCCUCUGGGUUUGUCACGUUGGGCCGUGGUCACCAGAAAGGAGAAAAACAUUGGCCGGUCCGCUCCCAAAGUCACCAUGGUACCCAUCAGCACAACUAUAACCAUGUGGCUCUAGGUAGCCCCAUACGCACACCUAAGAACGCCCACCGAUCGCUGAGGCGUGAAAACAAUCGGAUAAGUGGCAUCCUGACUUCGCAGACGGAGCCCUACGACCUGUCUUUUUCACGCUCCUUCCAGAGCCUGUCCCACCUGCCGCCGUCAUACGAGGCGGCCAUCAAAGCCGACCUCAGCCGCUUCUCGUCCUUGAAGAAACUGACAGAUAAAGAAGUGGAGGACUACUAUUCUCGUAAACGCCACCUGCCCGACCUGGCAGCAAGAGGCACUCUUCCCCUUCAUGUUCUUAAAAUCAGUCAAGACCCGCAGCAACAGCUUCAGAGCCAGGCCCAACAGUCCUCCAUCUCACAGGUUUCUACCCAACCACAGUCUUCCCAGCAGUCGUCCCAGCAAAGACAAAGACCCCGUCGUGUCCAGAGAGCCAUGUCUCAGGAUCGGGUUCUGUCCCCACAGAGAGCUCCGCAACAGGAAUACAACACAUCCUCGAAUGGUAUGUCACCCUACGGAGGUCGGAUCCUCUCAGAUGAACAGCUGCUGUCAGCUGAACGUCUUCGAUCCCAAGAGCGACUCCUUCCGCAGGACCGCCACACUUCCCAAGAACGCCUGUACACCAAGGACCGCAUGUACUCCAAGGACCGAUUGCUCUCACAGGAUCACCUUUACUCAAAAGACCGUCACUACUCUCAAGACCGACUCUACUCACAAGAUCGCCUGUACUCACAAGACCGCCUUCUGUCCCAAGAUCCUCUCCUCUCGCCAGACAAGAUGAUGAUGUCGCUAAAGCGCGGCAUGGUCAGCAGUGCGUCCGGUGGGUUCUACGACAUGGACAAGUCCAUGUCACGUGCCAUUUCGCACACAGACGUCUUCAUGCCCACCACGCCUCUGAUGGAUCGCUACAAGAUGACCAAAAUGCACUCCCAUCCCAGUGCCUCCAACAAUGGGGGUAGUGGAGCCAGUGCUGGGGCUCUGACAGCGGCGCCCUCAACACACUCAAACACUUUAGCAAUGAACCAGACUGUCACUAAGCGGCAGGCAUUCGCCACAAGACGGACUCACACCGUGGAACAGCUCCACUACGUCCCCCAGCAUCACCAGCAGCAACAGCCGCCGCAGCACUACCGCACUGGCAGCAAGACUGAGGUGACCGUGUAACCGCAACCGGGAAGUGCCUGAAUUGCACGGACAGUAACACUACUGUGCCAUUGGCUGAAGUAAUCAGGUGUGCUCAUGCUCGAUUAGAAUAGGACGGUGAUGAUUUAGCUUUCUUUGACCCACGUUCCAGGACCCAGAACAUCAACUCGCUUACUGUGAGAGACCGGUAAAAUGAGCUACACUGUAUGCUACAUCCAGAAUACUUUAAUUCAGGAGUUCUCCCUCUCACCUGCAAACAAUCGCACCACUCUCUGCAUUAUCAUUUCCAUGCACAGGCCCUGGUCUCGUUCUGUGGGUUUUGGUGAAGAAACACUAAUCUUUUCAAGCCGUGAUCAGCCCCCUUUUUCCAAAAAAAAAAUCUAGUGUAUGACCUUUUCUGUAAAAGGGCUUUUCACUGUAAAACCCAAGGUUCCAAUUCUUCAUUGACUUCUGAUGAACGACACUACAGCACCACAUAUAAUGAACUAUAAAAACAUCAUAAAUAUAUAGAUAAAAUGGACAAAAAAAUAUUUGUACAACCCAUCCUAUUUAUAGCUGUAGAGAGACGCUGAAUUUGAUGUUAUUUGCACUUUUUGGUGCCUCUAACAGAUGUUUCAAUUUCUAAAAAAUGACAUGUGGGUUAUAAAGCACAAAUCAUUAAAAAAAAAAGAAUAAUCAUAUUGUUACUGAAUUUUUAGUGACGGCUAGGGUUUUUGUAAGGCGAUGACAGUUACAUCACCUCAUAAAAGUGAGUACGCCUGCAUAUAUUUUAUUAUAUUAUCAUAUUUCUUUAUGGGGGAAAAAUUAAGACACUUUGAUACAAUUUCAAGUAGUCAGUGUACAUCUUGUGUGACUAAAUUACUGUCCCCUCAAAAUAACUCAACACACAGUCAAUGAUGUC